AUGGCACUGGAAUCACCGGAGGGAUUGGGAGCGUCUGACACUCCUGUGCGUCGCAGGAAAAGGAUCGACUGGUCCAAUGUCUCUGGUGAGAAGCUGAAAAGGCCCCGCACAAUUCUGGAUGAGACAGAUGAACUCGGGAAAUCUGUCGACAAGGAUGUGAGCAUUUUGAUUGAGAACAAACCUCUGGAGAAGCCUAAGAAGGAGGUGCAAGCACAAACAGCUUGCGCAGCUGUGGAGAAGGAUGCCAAAGAUCUCAAAGCCCCAGAGCCCAAGGUGGAACCCAGCAAGGACGCCGGACUUCCAAGUCUGAAUGAUCUCCCCUCCAAGAGCCAGGAUGCUUUGCGUCCCCUGCUGCAACGAUAUGGUGAGGCAAGGCACAAGGAGGUGUUUGCUUUGCACACCUUUCUGGGAGAUGGACAAGCCAGGUCAUCAUGUUUGCGGCGACGAUGCGGGUGUGCAUUGCACGUAUGGGGCCCUGCAGGAGUUGGAAAAACUGAAGUUGUGACAGGCUACUUGAAAGAGCUGGGCCACAAGUACAUUUUUCUGAAUUGCUAUUGUAUUCUUUCUCAGGCAGACUUGCACAGGAAACUUGUGAUGGGUACGAUGCGGCUAGCAGAGGAAGCACAGCGCGCAGCUGACUCCAAGCUAGAGCGUUUCGAAUCAAAACUUCCUCAGCAGCUUCGAGCGAUAGAUCGCUUGGAGGCUGCCUUGAAGGCUCCCAUAGCUGAGCUGCGCCGUUUGGAGUGCAGCCAGGUGCUCCUUGUACUGGAUCACGUCGAGGAGCUCAUUGGCAGGAUAGGGCUGCCAGCCUUUGAGCUUGUCUUGGCACUGCCAGAGGUCUUGAGCUAUGGUGACAUGCUGGUGCCCAUCACCAUUUCUCGAGUCCCAUUGAAGAGCUUGGGGCUUCGCUCAACGCGAGAGCCUCCGCAUGUGGGGUUUGAACCGUACUCAGAUUCUAACACCCUGCAACUGCUUCUGCGACAUUUUACGAAGAAGGGUGGUAGGGAUAUUGAGACCCUGAAUUUUGUGAUCUAUGGCUUGCAGAAGAUGGCUGUCCCAUUCGUGGGCUGGAACCUGGGGUUGCUUAUUGAGGUGGUGGAGAUGGUCCUGGAUGCCAUGCCAGCAGGAGCAAAGCACGACGCAGCUGUUCUCCAACCUUUGAUUGAGGAGGCUUGCCGCCGCCGCGUGGGGUUUGUUCACAAGCCAAUGAAGGAUCCGGAGGCAAAGCUCAUUAAGGUGUCGCAAACAAUGUCAAAGGCAGAAAUGCGUUUGGUUCUUGCCGCCUACCUUGCAUCGCGAGUUUGCAAGCAGGACGACAGGCAGCUCUUCUUGGGCCGCUCAACACGUCGCAAGCGCGCUGUGAUGGUCAGGCAAAAAGACAAUGCUCUCCCGGCUCACGUGAAACAGCCGAACGUGGUCACGAUUCCGCGCCUUUUGGCCACCUACCACCACCUGGCCCGGCAGCCCCGACUCAUGGGGAGCAAUAUCUUCCAGGCCCUCACAAAGCUAAAAGAAGCUGGACUCGUCCGGUUUGUGGGCGAGAAGAACUUUAAAAUGGACAAGGACCUCAAGGUUGUUUGUCGAGCAGAACUGCCGCUAGCACAAGCAUGUGCUGCGACUCUGAAUGUCGACUUGACGGAGUAUCUUUGUAAAUGA